CUUAAAGGUUCACUGAAUAGAUAGUUCACUGUAUUUAAAAAAACAACGCUCGCCCGUUAAAAGGAGGUCGCGACAAAUUGCCGUUAUUCCUUUAUUUCUGAAAAUUCUUCGGUUCUCCCUUUCGACCCACGCUAUUAUUUUCCGCCCAAGCGUCACUUCGUUUCGCGAAUUGUUUGUGGUCAGUGCGGCUGUGUAUAAAAUUUGUGUGUUUACAAAAUAUUGCUUUGUUUGUUUAUUUGCUUCGAUUUUAAAAUGUCCCUACUAACAAAGGCUGCUAAAUUGCGUGCUAAGCGUGAAGCUGCACGAUUAUUUUCAGCUAUUUACGAGACUGAGGAGUCAACAAUUGUUGCCAGCUCGUGUGAAAGAAUAUGCUUAGAUGUUUGUAAAGAAACAAAAGAGUGUAAUAAUGUGCCUGUUAUUGUUGAUACUAAUGCACCUGACGAAGUAGAUGUUGCUAUACCUGACGUAUGUAUUGAUUUACCUGACGAAACAGAUGGAGAUUUUGACAACAUUUAUACUAGUUCUGACGAGAGUAGUGACAGCGAUAGCCCAGAGACUUUCGCUGAGCAGUUAAGGCGGUGGGCCAUAAAAAAUAACAUUGCCAAUAAUGUUUUGAACGAACUUUUGGUAAUAUUAAGAAAUAAUAACAUGAAUGUGCCCAAAGAUUCUAGAACCUUGAAAAAAACUCCUAAAGAAGUUGUAGCCCGAAAUAUGGGGGACGGCUUUUAUACACAUUACGGUUUGUCUGACGCGCUUACAGACUUUUUAAUGGUAAAUGACUAUGAGUCAGAAAUAAUAAAUAUGGAUGUAAAUGUUGAUGGCUUGCCAUUAUGUAAGAGUUCGUCAAAAAAUGUUUGGCCCAUAUUAUGUAAUGUUCCUGGUUAUCCAGAAGUAAUGUUGAUAGGUGUUUACGAGGGUUAUUCAAAGCCGAAAAACGCUGACGAAUACCUGAGUGAAUUUGUAAAUGAAGUAAAGGAACUUGCCGAAACUGGGUUCGCAUACAAAAACAAGAUGUACAGUUUAGGGAUCAGAUGCUUUAUUAUGGAUGCUCCAGCCCGAUCAUUUGUUUUAGGAAUAAAAGGACAUUCAGGUUAUUAUUCUUGCACAAGGUGCCUUCAAAAAGGGGAAAUGGUUAAAAAUCGAGUUGCUUUUUUAAAAAUUGGGAUGGACCCUCAUCGGGAUAACAACUCAUUUAGAAGCAGAAGUCAACCUGAACACCACAACAAAAAAGAUUUAACUGUUUUAGAAAUACUUUCUAUCGAUAUUGUUAAACAAGUUGGGUUGGACUACAUGCAUAUUGUUUGCCUUGGAGUAGUAAGGACUCUCCUUAAGUCUUGGGUAAAGAAAAAAGGAGAACAGUAUUCCUUACCCUCAUGGAAAAUUGGUGAGCUUUCAAGCGAACUAAAAAAUUUAAAAAAAUCUUGCCCGUACGAAUUUUCUCGUAAGUCUAGGUCCUUGGACGAGCUUGAUCGUUUCAAAGCCACGGAACUUAGACAAUUUUUGUUGUAUUAUGGGCACUUUAACACUUUUUAAAUUUAUCCCUAGCAAUACGUAUAUUGUUAAAUAGCAAUUGUUCUUUGGCAGAUAUUAAAAUGGCCCAAAAUCUCUUAAUAGGUUUUGUAAUAGAAGUAUCCUCGUAAUAUGACCCUUGCUUCAUGACUUGUAAUUUUCAUUAUUUGCUUCAUAUUCACGAGGAAACAAUAAGCGCUUUCCGUUUUGAAAAUUACCUACAAACUAUAAAAAAACAGGUUAAAAAAUCAAACAAUGCUGCUGCCCAAAUUUACAACAGACAUGUUGUAAAGAGUUAUACCCUCAAAAGGAAGCAAAAAAACGCUGAUAUAAUAUUUGGUCGACAACUUUCUGAUAACGAGGAACUGUAUAGUUUUUUAAAAACUAAUAACUUUUACUUCUCUGUUGAUUUGCCUAACAAUAUUUGUUAUGUCAAUGAAAAUGUUGUCCUUAUUAACAAAAUUAAAAAGAUAGAAAAUGUUCCGUUUUUUGAAGGUAAAAUUAUUAUUAACUUACAACCACUUUUUGAUCAACCUUACAAUUCAUCAAAUUUUGGUAUUUUUAAAGUAGAUGAGAUGAUGAAAUGAAAGUAUUAGCUUUAACCUUAGCAACAUUAAAAACAAAGCAAUAAUAUUAAAAAACACACAAAACACUUUCGCUAUUUUUCCCUUCGUGUAGAAAAUAAAAAAAAUGGAUUUUAACACCGGUGCAGAUUACCUCUUUGAGAGGAUAUUGAAGGAACUGGACCUGAGUCGACACAGGGAAGACCAAAUUUUAAAAGAAUUGGAGGAAAGUAGGCGCAGGGAGGAAGGUACCCAAAGGCUGCUGAAAACGCUUACGGAGGAGGUUUUUAUGCUCCGUGGCGAAGUUAGACAACUUAAGUCCUUACCGAUUCCGGAGCCUGUGGCCAAUAAUCUUCAAAUGCUGCCCUUCGAAACCCUGCCCGAUUUCCAAGAUUUCGACCAAAAACUUUUGAAUGAGGAUGAAAUGCGGAGAGAACUGAAAUCAAAGCUAAAAAUGGUUUUAGGAAAUGAUGUUCCCACAUUUACAAGGCUGGCUAUCAAAGCAGUUAUGUCGGACAAGCUGGCUGUGGACAUAACGUGGCGGAGAACUCUGGAGAAACCCAGCAUCCAAAUGUUCUCAACAUAUGCGAUUAUUAAAGAAAUGGCUGUUAGUAAAUUUCCAACGUCAACAGAGUUGGACAUAAAUAAAGUUAUUCAGCAGUAUUUCCUACAUGCCAGAGACCGUAUUUACAAGCGUCAAAAGCCCUUAUAAGAAAAAUAAAGGCAA